GGGUGGUCAUUGAUAACCCAUGCCAAAAAUAAAUAAAUAAAUAAAUAAAUAAAUAAAUAAAUAAAUAAAUAAAUAAAUAAAUAAAUAAAUAAAAAAAAAUAGCCCACGCCGAGGCCCAAGCCCCGCACUGGGGAGAGCUCCCUUCUUUCCCCCACCUCCACCCCGGAUUUCCAGACCAGGUGUUGGCGGGCCCCCUCCCGGGCCUCGACUCUGGACUCUGAGACGGGGAGUCACGCCCCCGGGAACUGAUCUGCGCGCGCCGGGUGCUCCCGAGUCUACAUCGCCCCCUCUCGGGGAAGGGAAGGGCGCCCGCACGCAGCCUCUGCCGCUGGCCAGCCCUCCCGGUCCCUCGCCCCCUGCCAGCCACUCCUCCCCCAAGGCCUGGAGCCCUCACGCCGGGUGCGGGUGCGGGGCUGCGGCUGGGCGGAGAGGACGCUGCCUGAGCCCCUAGAGGCGGCGGCCCUGCGGCCGCCCGGAUGGCGCUCAGAGCCGAGCCCCCCGAUGGGGGCUGGGGCUGGAUGGUGGUGCUCUCGGCCUUCUUCCAGUCGGCUCUGGUGUUCGGGGUUCUCCGCUCCUUCGGCGUGUUCUUCGUGGAGUUCGUGGCGGCGUUUGAGGAGCUGGCAGCGCGCGUCUCCUGGAUCGCUUCCAUAGGAAUCGCGGUGCAGCAGUUCGGGAGCCCAGUGGGCAGUGCCCUGAGCACGAAGUUCGGGCCCAGGCCAGUAGUGAUGACUGGGGGCAUCCUGGCCGCGCUGGGGAUGCUGCUCGCCUCCUUUGCUACCUCCUUGACUCACCUAUACCUGAGUAUUGGGCUGCUCUCAGGCUCUGGCUGGGCCUUGACCUUCACUCCCACACUGGCCUGCCUGUCCCGCUACUUCUCUCGUCGACGUUCCCUGGCUACUGGGCUGGCCCUGACAGGAGUGGGCCUCUCUUCCUUUGCCUUUGCUCCAUUUUUUCAGUGGCUACUCAGCCACUAUGCUUGGCGGGGGGCCCUGCUGCUAGUGUCUGCCCUUUCCCUCCAUUUGGUAGCUUGUGGUGCUCUCCUCCGCCCACUCUCCUUGACUGAGGACCCAAUUGUGGGUGGCCCUGUGGCUCAGCUUACCUCCUUGCUUUACCAUGGUCCCUUUCUCCGUUACACUGUUGCCCUCACGCUGAUCAACACUGGUUACUUCAUUCCCUAUGUGCACCUAGUGGCCCAUCUCCAAGACCUGGGUUGGGACCCACUGCCUGCUGCCUUCCUACUCUCAGUUGCUGCUAUUUCUGACCUUGUGGGGCGUGUGGUUUCUGGGUGGCUUGGGGAUGUGGUCCCAGGGCCUGUGGCACGACUCCUAAUGCUCUGGACCACCUUGACUGGGGUGUCACUGGCCCUGUUCCCCAUGGCUCGGGCACCCAGCGCCCUAGUAACUCUGUCUCUGGUCUACGGCUUCACAUCUGGGGCCUUGACUCCAGUGGCCUUCUCCGUGCUACCUGAACUGGUGGGAACUGGCAAGAUAUACUGUGGCCUGGGACUGUUGCAGAUGGUAGAAAGCAUCGGGGGUCUACUGGGAGCUCCUCUGUCAGGCUACCUCCGGGAUGUGACAGGCAACUAUACAGCUUCUUUUGUUGUGGCUGGGACCUUCCUUCUUGCAGGGAGUGGAGUUCUCAUCACACUGCCCCACUUCUGUUUCUCGGCUCCUACCUUCAAGCCCCAGGGCCCUGUAACAGACACACUGGAUACCCAAGUUCCCCUGCCCAAGGAAGAACUUGGAGAAGAAUGAAACUGUAAGAAGGGGCGGUUAUACCCAGAAAAUCAGAGUGGCAGUUUCAGAUCUCCUCCUGCCCCAUCUUGGCACCCACAUAACCACAGUGCCUUAAGCAUCUUCGUCUGCCUCCCCUAUAGCAGAGCUGCAGUUCUACGAUAGGUGUGCCAGUCAUUUGUGGAGGUUUCAUCUCUUCUGUGUUGUGCUGCCACAUUUUCUGAAGGUUCCAGGAGUUCAGUCUGCUUCAGUGAGCCGUGAACCAACUGUGAAAAUCAAAGGCCAAGAAACUUACAUGUUUUACAUAUGAUCUAGAGGUGCCCAAGUUUCUUCUCUGAUGCUUGAGAAAAAGGGAUAUUACCCCUUUGAGAUAAAAUUGAGUAAGAAAACUGGAUAGUAAUCAGAACCUCAAACAGAGCUGGACUCAUGUGCUUAGGUUGAUAAGAGCUCAUGGCUGGGUUAGGGGGUAUCCAGAGCAUCUUAAGCUUGGACUCUGCUCUUGAGACCACCACUAACCUCUCUGUUUACCACUGUCCCUUGACUUAGAAAAUAAAUUAAAGGUAGGGGAGAUAGCAUAAUGGUUAUUCAAAAAGACUUCCAUUUUCUGAGGCUCUAAAGUCUCAGAUUCAAUCCCCCAAACUACCAUACCAGAGCUGAGCAGUACUCUGGUCUCUGUAUGUCUCUCAUUAAAAUAAAUUAAAAUAUAUUUUAUUUAAAAGAGAAAAUAAAGGGAGUUGGGCAGUAGUGCAGCAGGUUAAGCGCAUGUGAUGAAAAGUGCUAGGACUGGCAUAAGGAUCCCAGUUCAAGCCCCUGGCUCCCCACCUGCAGGGAGGUGGCUUCACAAGCGGUGAAGCAGGUUUGUAGGUGUCUAUCUUUCUCUCCUCCUCUCUGUCUUCCCCUCCUC